UCGUGUUUUGAUUUCGUGGAUUUGCGAUAAAAUUGCUCCUAUUUGUUGUGAAAAUAAUGUGCAAAGGAGAUCAUAAUCGUGACAUUUUCUAUAUUUAGAUGUUUCUACAGUGUCUAAUGUGCAAUUUCAAGUGUUAGAAAAAUGGAAAAAUUAACAAUUGCAGGAACUUUUCAGAAAUCCGUGGACGCUCUGAAGAACACAAUUUGCAGCCAAAAGGACAAGCUUCAUCACUUCCGACAGCUGAGCGAUUGCAUCCAGUCGCCGCACUUCAAUGUCAACCACUUCCUGCACACCAGCACGGCAAUCAGCGUCCUGCUGCUCUUCUGCGAGGACUCAGAUCCCACAGUUCGCAUGAACGCCGAGGAGAAUCUGUGCAGAAUCAUCCGGCACUGCGAGAACGGGAACAUCCAGCGCGUGCAGGUGGAUUUGUACCACGAGAUCAAGAAGAACGGCAACGAGAGAUCUCUGCGCAUCUGCCUCAACAUCUUCAGCCACUACUGCCCGCAAAUCAAGCAACGAAAGGCCCGAUCUUACGCCCAGAAUCUGCUGCAGUGCAUCGCAGCGACUGCCCGGAGGCGCGAGACACUCCUGCUCGAGACCCUGUCGGACUUCAUAAAGGUCUUCUGCGAGUAUCUUCAGUGCAAUGUGAUGGACAACGAAUUGGUGGUGGUGCUGCAGAUCUUCCUGGACGAUCUCUCGUCCGGUUGCGCGGUAAAGAGACGCUGCUCUGCGUGCAAUCUCGUCACGUUCAUCAAGCACGCACGAAAGAAGCGUGAACUGGCUCUCUUGGCUCUCUCUAAAUCCAUGGAAAUCCUUGUGAAGCAGCAAUCCUCAGAGGCUACAGUGGGUGUUUUUGGCUUCAUUCGCCUGAUUGUUCCUGUGUUGCUGGCGGAAAAGGAGUGUGAUCUGUCAAAGUUGCUGGAAGUGUAUGAAAUUUGUCUGGGAUAUCUUGACGAGGGAAAUCACAGCAUCAUAAAUGCCUCCUUGGAAGUGCUGAAUGUGAUGACACUCAAUCCACCAGCACUGUGGCGAGAUCUGCUUAUUGACACCGCUUUGGCGUCCAAGGAGAUUCUGCUGAAGAAGCGUGGCCUUAUCAAUUCGCUCACAAUCGAGACUGAUGCCUCAGAUGCUGAACAAUUGGUGAUUGAGCAGAGUCCAGAAGAGGAGAAUGUCCACUUGAAGGCACAAUUGCUCUGUGAAUCCAUUGACAGCUCUUCGCUGCUGGCGGGAAUGUCCGAUGUGGAGUCGGAGUCACUGCAAAGCAUGGACAUCAGGACGGACUUUGGAGAGUCUGCGGGUAGUCAGAAUCCUGACACGAAAUCGCUGAGGAGUCAGAAAUCGACAGAAUCCAUUGGGUCAUUCUUCAACUCACUGCUCACAAAUCCUCUGCCAAACACCACAGAGACUGUGACAAAUUUCUUCCGCGGUCAGAGGUCGAGUGAGUCUUCACUCGCCAACACGCCGAAAAACAUCCCCCGAGUUGUGGAGGAGUUGGGCGGCUCGCCCGUGAUGAGUGCGCGCAAAGUGGAGGAAAGAGUCCCGGGAGAUGGCGAUAAGGCGGCGGUAAAAAAUAGCCCAGAUGCUGUCGAGGAAGAGGAGGAGGAGGAGGAGGAGGAAUUGAUUCUCGAGUACGAGACGGCGGCGAGAGGGGCGAGUGUGGAUAUUGGUAGCAUUUUCGAUCAGUCUGUGAUUUCCUACACUGCCCGCCUAAUUGCAUCGAAAUUCAUCCUAAGUGGCGAGCGCAAUGGCUUCGUGUCUGAUCAACAAGUGAGGGUGUCGAUAAAGAAUCUCUCCCUCACUGUGAUUGCCAACUGUGUGCUGCUCUCGCCGCAGCUUCUCGUGCAGCCCCUUGAGAUGCAGUCGAGAAAUGAAUUAAUAAAAAUUGAAUUGGAAAAGGCCACAGAGGAAAUCAAGGCUGAAGUGGAUGCCGAGGAGGAGGAGGCGCUGAAGCGGCCAGAGGAUGGGGUGGAGAAGGGUGGCAACAGUGAAGGGUAUUUAGAGAUGAAGGAUGAUCACUUUGGGAAAAGUGAAACAUCUUACAAAGAUUACUUCACACCGCUGGCCAAGAGUGCAGAUGCCACACUGCUUGGCCAGUUGGAGUCGUGGACGACAUCAAAAGUGGAUUUGGCGCCAAAAAUCAAUAGGGAUUUGAGUGCGAUGCUGUCGAAGGCGAGUGGACAAUUGAAAAUAUCCACAACACCCAUUUGUGCAACAACACCCAGAAAAUUGUCACCAAAAGCGUCCGACAAGACACAACACCUCGCCGACAUUCUCCAGCUGCAUUCACACCAGGAUCCAAUUAUUCGGAGUGAUAUCAUACAAAUUGCCAGUAGCUUUGUUAAGUGCCUGAGUUGUGGUUUAAUGAAAUACGACCAAGUUGCUGAGGAUGUGAGUGAAUUGCUGAAAUUUCCAAAACUCAUUGAAAUUGUUCUGCAGGGUUUAUCAGAUGAAAAUCACGCUGUUGUUCGUCAAGCUCUCGCUGCAACAGAGACUAUCCUGCCCCACUGGCUUUUGUGCGGUGGCCACAAUGCCACAAUCCCGGAAAUCAUUUCGGUGGAGGGUUAUUUGGCGAGCUUGCUGGACGUUAAUGACAUUAAAUACUGGACAGUGCAGUGCAAGUACAGCGAAGUGUUGGCGAAUUUGGACUUUCGUGCAUUGCAGGAGCUUCUGGGUCAGGAUGCGUCUGUGGAAUUUGAGCGAAUGUGUCUUGAGCGCAUCAUUGGCAUGCUGAGUGAUGAAGAUGUACGAAUAAGAAAUGCCGCCUCAAAGUCACUCUCACACUACACACUCAAGCAGCACUUCAGUGUGCCAGCAUUGAGAGAACCUGUGGAUAUUCUCAGGAGAGAUCUCUGCGGUAGAAUUCUCCAGGAACUCCCGCAUGAGCUGAGGCACAUUGAAUUUGGUGGUAAUGAGAAAAUUAACUCAACUCUCGUUAAGGUUCUCUACAUUCUCAGCAACAAAUUGAUGGAGGGCAGCGAUAAGGAGUCAAUUGCUGGUGUCUUGAGUGCCACAAAGGAACUCUCUCGCCACUUUAAACCCACCGUGUAUUACGAUGCAUGGAAUGAAUUCAAUUUCCUUGGCGUUGUGAUUAAGUACAUCCAGGAAAAUCCAAUCACUGUCUAUGAUUUAACGGCUCAUAGUGAUGCUCUAAAGCUAUGCACACGCCUGUUGGCAGCCAAAGCCCUUCGUGGUGACAUUGGGGAUCACGGUGAGUCGCUGCUAAUCCACUUAUUGAAAUUGAUUAAUGUCUAUCAUCACAUAUUCACGGCGACAAAGGUGAUUACAUUGCCCAAAGGGCAGAAGACUGACAUAUUCCUGAGUGGCAAAGAUACCAUGAAGCUUAACAAUUUGGGAUACUUUGGCAAUGAUUUUGUCUAUAUGAAACUGUACAAGAUGCUGAGGAUGGCUUUCGAUUCGAGACGAAUUGCCAUUGACAAGGAGACAAGUGGCAAGUUUAUGGAUUUGUUGGAGAGUUGCUUGCAAACACUCACCUUGAUCUUCGAGCUCAAGCCAAUGGUAUCGAUAAGCCAGUCCACGGCGGCCAUUGAGGAGAUCCUGACGUAUCUCAUGAGCUGUGUCAGUUACCAGCCAAAGUGGUGUGUUGUGUGCACGAAACACAUGCUGAGACACUUCUUUGACAAGAACUUUAUCUCACGUCGUGGUGAAUUCCGCAACUUUAUCGACACGUGUAGCAAUUUUGGCAAUGUGAACGAUGUGGCGGCAUUGCUGAGGUGUGUUAGAGAGGCGCGGGAUGGGAGGAAAUUGCUGCCGUACGAGGAUGUGGGUCAGCAUUUGAAAAUCUUCGAACCAAUGGUUAUUCACAGUCUCAGGCUAUUUAUGAAGGCCAACUCGACACUACAGUCAGUUAUUCUGGAACUUCUCUGCCAACUGUUGGACUUUAAGGUGAACUACUAUCUGUUGGAUGCCAAUAAUGUGUUCAUCGAGUACAUUUUGCGACACUUGGAGAUUAUUGAGACGGGCUGUGUGAGAAAGUGUGAAACAGUCAUUAGUAAUAUCUACAAAUUCCUCUUUCACCUCUGCAAGCAGUCCAAGGAGAAGAAAGUCAUCACAAUUCCCAAGAUCAUCAACAUUACGGACAAUUUGCUGGCCAACAGUGUGAUAAGACAGUGCAGCAUUGAUGCUCUUGUGGAGCUGGGCUAUGAGUUGUUCUUCAAUUGGCCAAAUGCAGCGCCCACAGUGGGUGGCAAGGGUGACUGGAGCACAGAGAGGGAAGUGGUGUUCGCGAUGAUGUUGAAAUUUCUCGACUACACACAAAUUCAGCGCGCCGUGGCAUUAAUUGUCUUGUCGCAGAAGGAUGUUGAUCAGUCGUACGAGAUGGAUGCCGUGGCUCAUGUGCUAACACUGCUUCGUGAUGAGAAGUUCACCAUUGACUGUGAGGAGAAGCUGAACAGCAUCAUGUUGCUCCUCCAUGUGCUGGAUGGGAAAAUGUGCGGAGGAGAGAAGUUGGAGGAAUUGCUGAAUGUUCUCCUAGAGGCGACUACAUCACCUGGCAUGAGUUACAACAAGUUGACGAGAGUUCACCUCCUUCUAUGCCAUGGCAUUCUCCGUGUGGACCAAGUUUAUUUGAUAAAUUGCAUAAAAGUGCAUUUAGUCAGGAUGAAGUUAGUUGAUGAAGAAGACGAUGGGAAAGUGAUGCAUGAAAAUGGCUUGGAGUUAAAUUAUUUCGCUGAAAUUGUGUCGAGAGUGGUAAGAGACAGUGUAAAUUUUCUGAUUCCCUGGAGUGAUUCCACUUAUUCAACACUCAUGGUGUGGUUUCUUGGGAAAUUGUGUCAAGUUGCGAACUUUAAUGCACUCUCAACGCCACUUCUCAAUGAAUUCACUCGCCACGGUGACUUCAUUCAUCUCUUCCAUGGCAUACGAACAGUUCAGCCGAAACUGUUUAUCGGCUUCAUGGAUAUGAUGAUUCAUCUCAAUUAUGACCAGCACGCCAUAGUGGAGGCAUUGUGUCGAUUGGGUGGUAGUUUGGGCGAUAGACAACUGAGGAGACAAUUGAGUGGGCGAAUAACAGAGAAAUACCAUCAGCCAAGCGAUUGGCAGUCGAAUACCAUUCAGCUACUUCUUCAAUCGGAUCUGCCGGCAUUCCUGCGAGACCACCACAAAUUCCUCCAUGGCCUGUGCAGCAGCCAGCAGCAUGCCAAUGGGAUUCUCGCUCUCGUUGCUGUUUGUCGCACGGAAUUCCACUCAAUUGCCAUUGACAAUGAAAUAUUAAAAUUGAUCGAUAAAUCACACCCCAUCGCCACGGUUGUGGGACUGCGAAUGCUAUUGGUGGAGUUUUUGGCACACAGCAGCAAAUCAGUGCAACAGCGCGCACUUGUGAUAACUGCUGGCAAAGUGGACACAUUGAGAGCCAUGGCCACCGUGGAGAGACACCGCAAUGUGCCACUUAAUGAACUCACUGCCAUCAUUGAUGACUGCAAGCGGGAGAAUCUGCCCAAUCGCUUUCCCGUGCUCUUCGCCACGCUGCUGGACUUCCUCCGGCCAGAUGAAAUGGCUGACGGGCGCGCGGUUGACCGCAUCGGCGGCGGUGGCGAUGGAGAUGUGUCGAAAGGUGGUGUGGAUGAGCAGUGGUACAGCCAGCAGAUACUGUAUCACAUGACAGAGAUGCGGAGAGCGGGUCUCGUGGCGAGGUUGCUCAUGGAGAUAAAAUCGGAAAUGCGAUUGUCCUCCCUGAUCACAUCACGCGAAUUCACCAGCCACUUCCUCAGCGCCUGCCUGGGGGUGGCAUUCGAUGGCAUGAGGCGCGCCUUCAUGGCAGACUGUGUGCAACACAGUCCGCACAUGACAUACCUCAAAGUGCCGCCGCUCCUCAAGUUUGUUCAGCGUCGAUUUGAGGCUGAUCUGCAGCAAUUGACUGACGAUUCGGGAGGCGAUGGGGUGACACAUUAUCAAAGGUUCCGUGUGUGCCUCGAGGCGGCGACAUGCUUCAUUGAGAAUGUGUCAGAAACUGAGAGAACUUGCCUCAUUCACGUCGACGGCAGGCAAGUGGAGCGAUACAUUGGGGAGCAUCUGUUGCGUCCCUCACUCACCGCCCUCCUCCUUCGCUUCGCCAUGCGCCCCGUCCUGACCACCCUGAACUCUGUCGCCCACCACAGCGGACUGCUGACCGUCCGGGAGUCGGACUUCAGCGAUGUGGAGAAGUGUCUGCACUACAUGAGAAUUGCCCUUCAGCAGCCACAGAUCUGGCACGAGCUCGACUCCCCAGACAAAUACGGCGACGACUUGAGGGCUGUUGUGAGGCUAAUUCGUGAAUGUUUGAUGAACAUUCUCUCGGCGACACACUUCGUUCGCAACCAUCGUGAGCCGGCGUUGUUUGCCAGUGUGGCUGUGGAUGAGCCUGAGUUUCAGGUCAGACAAAUGUACAUGGAUGCCAUUUUUGUGGCGCGAUUUAUUGAGGAGGAGAAGGACAUCGUCAACUGCUGCAUGAGUGCUGAACGGGGCAAAGUUGUCAAUCUCCUGCGCCAGCUAUCUCAAAUCGCCACCGCGAUCCUUCGAGUGGGCGUCCUCUAUCCCAUAGCGAUAACCCCUUUUAUUUUACUGCAUGACAUGGGUCCCCUAGCUGUCGAGUAUCCAGCGAAACGGUGUCCAAUUCCAUCAAUUCCGAUCGAACAACUUAAUGAUUCUGAACUCCUGCCGAAAUUUAUAUCAAGGCUGAAUUUAAUUGGAUUCUCCACAAGGCAACAGUUUGAGGAGAUUUUCAUGUCACUUCUCGUCCUGCUGAACAGCGAUGCAAAUCCUGACAUCAUUGAUGCGCAGGAGGAGUACUUCGUGAAGACAAUGUGCCUGGGAGCGAUUUCAGAAUUGCUACUCACAUGCAAAAUGUUUCCCCGAAUAGGAUUUCGCCAAGGUGAAUUUCAUCAUUCACCCCGACUUGACAGGGUGAAAGUGGAUGGAAUAGGUGUGAAGAAACUACACAAGAUUCUCAGUCUCAUUCCGGGAUCUAAUAUCUUCUACCAGAGCAAUUUAGAGAGGGAUUUAUCAUGUGACAGAGCCAUUGGCACCCACUCAUUUGCACCCAAUCAAUUCAGCAUGAAUUUCAUUUGGCAAAUUGUGGAGGAGAAUGUGGAGGACAUGGAUACAACAGUGAAGAGUGUCAACUACUUUGUGGAUCAAUGUGGCAUCGAUUUCCGAAGCACAGUCCAAUUAAUUUAUGACGUUUUCGCCCAACUGAUCGAUCGACAGUGCACACAUGUGCUGGCGAAUGUUGUAAAAUUGUGUGAAGUCUGCGAGAAUCGGGAUCAAUGCAAGUGGAUUAAGAAUACAAUUCAGCAACUUCAGGAGAAACUACCGCUGGAGAACACGGUGGCGCAUCAAUAUAUAAUUUACCUCCUCUGCAAAUCACAUGCAAUUCUCGUGCCGUCGCUGAGUGAUUUGGCGCACUUGUGCUCCAUAAUUCCAACAUAUCUGAAGAGCACGCACGUAUUUGUGCGAAAUGCAGCACUGAAUGGCCUUCUGUGUCUGCUGGAGACUGCCAUUAAUACCAGCACAAGCAUUGGCGCGCUCAGCGAGGAGAUAAUCCUGCUCCGGAACAUUGCAAUCAGCUACAUUAAUAAGAAUGGGGUUAUUGAUGAGAGUGGCUAUUCAUACAGUGACACGCACACCAAACUCGUGUGGACACUUACAUUCUACCUGAUUGAGAAAACGUCCAAAUUCAUGCCUGAUUGCACCCUCUUGUCCAACGUCAUCAUAUCCUGUAACAAUAUUCUAAAGAGGACGACAAACUUGCCACAGUACUUGUGCAUCAUCCUUGGAAUGCAGCGUCUUAUAAUCACCAACUCCAUCGAAAAGGUGUACCGGGAAAAAAUCGAGAAACUCUCGCUCGAUCUAGUUAAAUGUGACAACGAGGAAUUCUCCCUGCCAGCCCUGAAACUACUAAUUUCCUGCAUGUAUAUCGGUUCAGCAAGUCAAUUGGAAAACACUGAGCACUCAAAUGGCAUCGUUCAGGAUGAGCCGGAAGUAAUUGUGCAGUCAACUGAGAAAAUCGAUGUGCUCUUCCUCAAGAUAAAGUCAUCAACUCCCGAGGCGGCCAAUAUCAUUGGGGAUGUCUUAUGCCAAAUCACACGGGACCUCGUGCCACCUAAUGAGAUCCUCACGAAAGUUAUCAAGGAGCUGCUGUCUCUGACCCAGCCGCACGGCGAGGUUGUGGCGAAGAUUGUGUUUCAGGUAUUUCGAUCUGCAAUCGAUUCUGCGUAUUUGGCCCUCCUUCAGGACUGGCUCAUUUGCUCACUACCCAAUUUCGUGACGCUGCCACCAGCGAAGGCGGUUUCCUGUCUCAGCGUUAUCUUCGUGUCGGCUUCAUUAAACUUGAAUCUGAUAAAGAUUUUCCCCGAAAUCCUCGAGACUUUUGGCACGCUUGGUCGUCGUGAGGAGUAUAUUUUCCGCGAGGCCUCGCGGGACUUCCAUGGGAGGCUGAGUGAGGAGCAGAAGGACAAAUUUCGCAGCGUCUUCCUCAAACAUGAAUCAUCCAUUUAUGCAAAUAUGCUGAAGAAUUUAUAAUUCUUUUUCCAUUCUUGUCAUAUUUAACAAUUCUGGCCGCCCCAGCAUUUUCCAUUAGAUCCACGGCACAGAUUAAAAGUAUUUUCGCCAAAGUCCAUGAUGUGCAUACUUCGGGCUUCGGAGAGAGUGUGUGUAUUUGUGGGUAUUAACUAUAUAAAAAUUUGUUGUACAGUGUGUAGGCGAGCUUCUGCAUACUAAAGAGA